UUAACCUAGGCUCCUGAGGGUUAACUCCAACUUUGAACUUUAGUCCAAGAGCUUCAUCUUACGACACAAUCACCAUCAACAGCCGACCAUGGCCCGCCAACGCAAGGAAAAGUCUGUCAAGGACAUUAAACUUCAGCAGCCAGAUCGAUCUGGUCCCAAUAAAGAAACACUCGUCGAUUUUGCGAAGGGUCGCGACCUCUUUGCAGAAGCCGAUCGCAGACAACGCGAGCUCAACGGCGAAGGACCCCUCUUGUCCCCUCGAACAGAACGUAUCUUCGAGACAAUACUAUGGACUGGUGUCAUUGCCACUCUGCACUUUACGUUUGAUGUGCUGGUACAGCGGCAAUAUGCUAUGGACGUUGACUGGCUCGCCAUCGUCCAAAGGACAUUGACAGCCUGGCUUUGUGUGUUAUCUGCCAUCUAUCGCAAUUCCCCUACUAACAUGAUGUGUUUUUAGUGUUCAUCGGCCUCUUUUACGUG